GCGAAGUCGGCCUCUGCAACCUCCACGUGGUGCCGCCUGGGAACCUGACCUUUAACGUGGUCAGAGCCAGUGCAGAGACGCAAUGUCUCUUCACGCCAUGAAAGGACAAAAGAACGCUAUGUCAAUCUUGAAGGACAUGAAGGACAACAAAGUUGGGCGCACCAAGCGCCGAAGGCACAAGACUGCCCUCCAGAAACUGCUGGACGACACCAAGGAGGCCUGGGAGAAAAAGCUCGACGCCUCCGACCGCCGCAUGAACGACACGGCGGCAGAGAUGCUGGCGCUGAAACGAAAGCUCCAGGAGCAGCGCCGUGCACAUGCUGAACUCGUCAAGGAGCAUGAGAAGGCCGAGACAAAGCAAGAACUCUUGGCCCGGCUAGCGUCCGUCGGCAACGCCACCACCACCGCUGGCGACGACGGCGACAAGGCUGCGGCAGCUGCCUCGAAGACAAGAAAAGGAGGGACAAUAAAAGAUUCCGGUUUGGGCAGUUCAAUAGACUCCAUCGCAGAAGAGACCGUCAACAAGAGAAUAAUAUACAAGCUCGGGGUUCUAAAUCUGCACCCGCCAUUGAAGUUGAAUAGCGACUCGGAGAUAAGAUGGAAGGACAUCCCGACAAUGUUCCAUUUCUAGUUUAUACCAGCUUGGUAUACUGAAUACAAGACAUUCCAGCCCA